AUGUCUUCUGAGACCGAAAAGCCUUCGAUGGGGUUAGUUGAUGACCAAAAACCAGCUGUGAGCCAUAAGGAAGCCCUCGAGGCCGUGCCGAUCGAACAAGAGGCGACCCAAGAUGUUUAUCACAUCCAUCUCAGUUGGAGAUCGUGGCUGGUAGUGUUCAUAACCUGCUUCGCCAUCAUGGCUCAGGUGUUCGUAGUAGUGGCUGCGGGUUCGGUUAUAGCAUUCAUCAUUCGCGACCUCGGAGAGGCCUCGAUAGCUGGUUGGGUCAUCCAGGGCCCUUUACUCAUGCAGUCUGUACUAUCGCCGAUAGUUGGUCGCCUAUCCGAUGUGUUAGAUAGGAAAUUCCUUGCCACGGUGCCACCCUUGAUUGCCUUUGUAGGUGCCGUCGUAUCUGCUAAGGCGACGUCAAUGGGUAUGCUCAUAGGUGGCGGGAUUCUUAUCGGUGUUACGUUGUCUACAAUCUCCAUCGUCCAGGCAAUUCCCGCCGAGAUCCUGCCAUUGAAAUAUCGCGCCCUUGCCAAUGGCUUCGCGUUUAUUGGAGGUUCCCUGGGUGGACUGAUCGGGUCCCUCGGCGGCGGCGCGGUCACUAACGUUAAUGUUGGCGGAUGGCGAUACAUCUUCUGGAUGCAAGCCGCUUUCCAUGGGAUCACCUCGGUAGGGCUCUUCUGCUUCUACUGGCCGCCCAAACAUGUUGAAUAUCCAAAAAUGACUUUGCGGGACUACAUAUGGGCUUGCGAUCCUAUCGGCUCUACACUAUUCGUCGGCAGUGCAACGCUGAUGCUCCUUGCGCUUGAUUGGGCUGGAGGGGCAUACAGCUGGUCGAGCCCUCACGUCGCCGUACCGCUCAGUUUAGGUUUGGUGAUGUUGAGCGGUUUUGCUCUUUACGAAUGGAGGGGACGACCUGACGGUCUAGUUGCACAUGUCUUCUUCCGGCAGAACGCCAAUUUUGCAUACUCCAUCUUCUCAUUCGCAGUUGAGGGUUGGAUCUUCUAUAGCGCCGUCAACUCAGUCGUACCACAGAUCGUGCUCAAUCUGGGAUUUGAGAGCGACGCAUGGCUUAUCUCGGUUCGCCAGUUGAGUUACCAGCUUCCCGUCUUAUUCGCCUCCAUUCCAAUUACUUGGUACGCGACUCGAUACAAAGAUCUGCAAAUACCCUUGCUCAUCACCUUUACCAUUUUUUUAGUCGUAACCAUUUGCUACGCAACCAUCCAACCAUCGUGGAGCUCCCCGCAAAUUGGCCUAAACGUGCUAGCAGGCAUCGGCCAGGCAGGACCGCUCACGCUCCUCGUCGCAUGCAUCCAAUUUACAGCGCCGCACGCUUUCCUGUCAACCGCAACAGGUCUCGCAUUUUCCGCCCGCGCCAUCGGUGGCGCCUUCGGCUCGGCUGUCUUGAACGCGAUUAUAAACGGUCGGCUAGCUAGCCAUUACGCAGCAGGCGUCGGUAACGCGGCCACCGACGCGGGUUUGCCGGAGAGCAGUGUACCCGCGCUAAUAGAAGCUCUGGAUGCUGGACAGAUAGGGUCGGGGGUUGACGCCGCUACUCCUGCGGUUUGGACAGCGGCUGUUGAUGCUAGUAGAUGGGAGUACGCUCACGCGUAUAGGUUAGCUUGGGCAAGUGUCAUCCCGUUCGUCGUGUUAGCCAUCAUCGCCGUCGCACUAUUGAAGGGAGUCAAAGAUUUAAUGACAGAGAAGGUCGAGGCUACCGUGGAACAUGUCAAACACGACGAAAGCGCGUGAAUACACGAUUUGAAGGCGUACAUGGUCGAACAUAUAUAUUAAGGAUGAACCGGAGCACACCAGGUUUGAGGUUAUCUAAUUUUACCGAUUCAUGCACGACCUUGGAUCGUCGUUUGUCAGUGGCACUGCCUUGGUAUCAGAUAUGUUCGUGAUUGCGGUUCGUCUUAUGCUAGAAAUGUGUUAUUUAACACCCUAGACAUUCGGAUGUUAGUGCCACGUCGUGGCUGGCCUUGGCAAUUCUCUCAGGCCAUCUUUUUCUAAACCAGAUAGGAUAUCGUAAAGGGAAUAGGUCAGAUGCAAAGAUAGCGCCCUUCAAAAAGCAUGGAAGCUCGGUUUAAACUACCUGUUUUGAUAGGUAGAUAACUAAGCAAACGUUGAUGA